AUGGCCACAGAAGAAGCAUCACGACCAAAGUUUGACAACCUUCCUGGGAUCGACACCGCACCAGACGUUUACGAGACCCCCGAACUUGCUGAAGAUGUCUCAACAAUACAAGCCUCGACGGCGAUAUCCGAGUCAGACUACGGUUCUGAUGCAGACAGCGCUGGUGUCAGCCACCAACGUCUGCAGCCUGGCGAGGCGCGCAACCGUUUUCAGACCUCGCGUGUAGACGCCAACGGCGUGGACUUCUCGGAUAAUGCCGCGCAACGGCAGGCAUACCGCAUAUACACACGGCAUCGGCGGCGAGGAGACAUUAUGGGCGACGACAGCGACGAAGAGCAGGAAGGCUUCUCGCGGAAGCUCAUGAGAGUGAAGCAGGAGUUGCAGGAGCUGGAGGACGAGUACGAGCAGAGGAAGCGGUCCGGGGAUAAGGCGCAGAUCGAGGAACGAGACGCCAAGGAGGUCAUGGACCUCAUCUCAGAUAAGGUCGACGAGCUCUAUGCAAGGCGGAGGGGAGGAGCAGAACCGCUGCUCGACAGGACAAUACAGAAGUUCACUGACUACAAGCCCUUUGCGCCAAGCUCGAAAAUCGCAGCAGCCAUCGCAAAGCAACCUCCUUUGCCUGGAUCGCAAAUCCAAAGGAGUCAAUUGGAGCAUGUGUUGAACCAGGUGGCUGAGUUCGACAUGAGAAUAACGCAGAUGGAGAGUAGCCUUGGGCUUAAUGGCACUUCUCUUCCUGAGACGAGCGAGGAUUCCACGUUACCAGUCUUCACGACAUUACAAAGGCUAGAGCAAACGCUUGGCGCUAUUGGCGACGCCUCGACAAACAAUCUUGACGGCGCAUCACAGCAAAUUAAGAGACUGAUAGAGGAGGCUGAGGACCUCAAAGAAGCGCGACUGGAAGCAUCGCGCGCUGGAACUUCGGACGACACCCCAACGCCUGACCAGGAGGCUAAGAUCAAUGCACUCUACGGCACAUUGCCUUCAAUCGACAGGCUCUCGCCAAUCCUGCCCCUGGUGCUCGAGCGCCUACGUACAUUGCGCCUUGUACAUACGAGCGCUUGGCAAGCAGACAAGCUACUGACUGAACUGGAGUCGCGGCAGUCGAAGCAAGAAGAAGAGAUUAAGAAGUGGGAGGAGCAACUAGAACUGGUAGAGGAAGACGUAAAGAAGCAGGAGAAGGCAAUGCAAGGGAACGUCAAGGUCGUAGGUGAUGAUAUCAAGAUGCUAGAGGAUAAGAUCGCGAAGCUGCUUGCAGAGGGAAAACAGUAG